CGUGGCUACCAAAGCAGCCAAGUGGAAAAGGAGCUAGUAGCGCAAGAACCUUGUUCUUUCCGGUGUCUAGUGUGUAGAGUGAGAGCAGGCCGGCGCAGCUGAGACGAGUGCAGGGAUGGCUGGAGCGGUUGGUGUCUCGCUGGAGGCGUUCGCCAAGAUUGGCCGGCCUGAGGAGGCGCAGGUCGUCGGUGUGGAAGCCGGCCGGAGCCAUCAGGGUGACGGUGGCGUUGGCGCCGUGGCUGAGAGCGGGACGAAGGGCGUUGCUGUCCAGGAGAAGAGGAGGCGGAACAGCGGCGUGCUCUCCGACUCGGAUUCCGUGGUGUGCAUGCUCAUGGACCGUUUCGCACCGGCUUGACGCGCAGGCCGGCGGAGUCGCGGAGAGCGCGGCGGUGCGUGUAUAGCAGCAGGGUAGGUGCACCAUACACGGAAGGAGGAAGGGGGCCGGCUGGUGUUUUGUACUGUAAUUAUGUAACACUGUGCCACUGUGGUUAGACGUGCAACUGUAUCAUAUGGGUUUUAUGUCUUCGAUCGAAGCGAAUAUUUCUUUGGUUAGCAUCUCAGAGAUGUUAAUUUGCAUU